ACGUUGUAGCUUAGUGCACCGCCUCCCCACUCUUUCACUCUCGCCUCCGGUCUCGUGUUCUCCCGCACUGCCGGGCCGUAUAUAGUCGUAAGACCUUUAACGAAUGCCGUAAGUAGCAGAGGAAGCCAGUGAUAUACAAAUGGCGAACCCUCUGAAGCCAUGGAAGGCGGAGUACGCCAAGUCAUCUCGAUCCUCAUGCAAAACCUGCAAGAGCCCCAUUAACAAAGAGGUUCUGAGGCUCGGAAAGAUGGUCCAAGCCACCCAAUUUGAUGGCAUGAUGCCUAUGUGGAAUCAUGCUAGCUGUAUCUUACGAAAGGCAAAGCAGAUAAAAGCCGCUGAUGAAGUUGAAGGCUUAGAGUCACUCCGUUGGGAAGACCAAGAAACGAUAAGGAAAUAUGUAGAGAGUGGUGUGUCCUCAAGUGCCCCCCCUACUCCACUUGCAAUGGAACAUGGUGUUGAAACCUCUCAAACUUCUCGUGCUACCUGUAAGAACUGCAACGAGAAGAUUAUGAAAGGAGAGGUCCGUAUAUCAUCAAAGGCUAAAGGUCAGGGAGCCAGGUCUUUGGCAUGGCACCAUGCUAAAUGUUUCAUGGAAAUAUCCUCUGCUACCCAAGUUGAAAAUUUGUCCGGAUGGGAUAUCCUUCCAGCUAGUGAUCAGGCAGUUGUGAGAUCACUGUUUCAGAACUCUACUGUAAAAGUUGCAAAAGAGGAACAUUUACUAGAACCCACAUCUACAGCGGGUGACAAGAGGAAACAGUGCAGUAAUAGUAAUCAGAAAUCAAAACUUGCUAAAACUGAGCCCGAUGCUUUUGCAAGUGAUGUUGAGAAAAAAAGCUUGGAAUUCGAAAGACAACUCGAGGCACAGAGUAAAUCUCUGUGGGCUAUAAAGGAUGAGUUGAGGAAGCACGUGAGUACAUCAGAACUGCGUGAGAUGCUUGAAUGCAAUGACCAUGUUUCCACAGGAUCGGAACUUGAUUUACGAGAUCGAUGUGCUGAUGGGAUGCUUUUUGGAGCACUCACUAGAUGUCCUCUUUGUUCUGGUCACCUAUAUUAUUCAGAAGGCAAGUAUAAGUGCCAUGGCUUUUUGUCAGCAUGGACCAAGUGCUCAUACUCUACCACUGAACCUAAACGCGUCAAUGGGAAGUGGAAAAUCCCUGAAGGGACCAGUAACGAGUAUCUACUCAAGUGGUAUAAGUCACAAAAGGCAAAGAAGACAGCUAGAAUUAUGCCCCCUUCUUCGUACACCUCUCCAUCUACCAGCAAAGCUGCCAGCGAAAUGGGUCAGUCACUGAAAGGCGAUAGUGUAGGAGAUCUAAAAGUAGCUUUUGCUGGAGUUUGUAGUGAUUCUAUGGCAGAGUGGAAGAAAAAAGUUGAGGAAGCAAGUGCUCUGGUUCACGCCAAGAUAAAAAAAGACACAAGCUGCUUAGUUGUGAGUGGGAUGCUGGACAGCAGUGAUGCUGAGGUAAAGAAGGCAAGGAGGAUGAAAAUACCAAUUGUUAGGGAGGAUUAUUUAGUGGACUGUUUCAAAAGGAAUAAAAAACUUCCUUUUGAUUUGUACAAAGUGGAGGCAAUUGGAGAAUCACAUGGUGUGGCUACAGUCAAAGUGAAAGGUAGAAGUGCAGUACAUGAGUCGUCUGGUUUACAAGACUCUGGACACAUCCUUGAGGAUGCGAAUAGCAUUUAUAAUACAACUUUAAAUAUAUCUGACCUCACAACUGGUAUCAAUAGUUACUAUAUUCUACAAAUCAUUGAGGAAGACAAAGGGUCGGAUUGCUAUGUGUUCAGAAAAUGGGGUCGAGUUGGAAAUGAAAAAAUUGGAGGAAUCAAACUUGACAACAUGUCUAAGUCAGAUGCUAUACUAGAUUUCAAGCGCUUGUUUCUUGAGAAGACUGGCAAUACAUGGGAAGCAUGGGAAAGUAAAGUAGAUUUUCACAAGAAACCUGGCAGAUUUUAUCCAUUAGACAUUGAUUAUGGAGUUGAUAAGAGUGCCUCAAAGCAAAAAAAUAUCGACUACACAAGUAGCAAACUGGCACCUCAACUGAUUGAACUGUUGAAGUUGCUUUUUAAUGUAGAGACAUACAGGGAUGCUAUGAUGGAAUUCCAGAUCAAUUUGUCUGAAAUGCCUCUAGGAAAGCUGAGCAAGAGUAACAUACAGAAAGGUUUUGAGGCAUUAACGGAGAUUCAAAAUUUGCUAAUGAAAAGUAAUGUUGACCCUUCUUUCAAAGAGAGCCUCAUUAUUGAUGCCAGCAACCGUUUCUUUACCAUGAUUCCUUCUAUUCAUCCACAUGUGAUUAAGGAUGAGGAUGACUUCAAAUCAAAGGUGAAAAUGCUGGAAGCUCUUCAAGAUAUUGAGAUUGCCUCCAAACUCGUAGGACUAGGUGGCAAUGAUAAUGAUUCUUCCCUGGAUGAGAAGUAUGAAAAACUACAGUGUCAAAUAUCUCCUAUUCCUCAUGACUGUGAAGAUUACCGGUUGGUCGAGAAGUAUCUCCAAUCUACUCAUGCUCCCACUCAUAAGGACUGGUCUCUCGAAGUGGAAGAAGUGUUUUCUCUUGAUCGGAAGGGGGAAUUUGACAAGUUUGCUCCAUUGAGAAAGAAAUUAAAGAACAAAAUGCUUUUAUGGCAUGGUUCACGGUUGACAAAUUUUGUUGGUAUACUCAGCCAAGGACUAAGAGUUGCUCCUCCUGAAGCUCCAACUACUGGCUAUAUGUUCGGAAAAGGAAUUUACUUUGCCGACAUGGUAAGUAAGAGUGCUCAGUAUUGUUACACUAACCAGAAAAAUCCAGUGGGUUUUAUGCUUCUCAGUGAAGUUGCUUUGGGAGAUAUGUUUGAGCUAAAGCAGGCUCAGUACAUGGACAAGCCCCCAAAAGGAAAAAACUCUACUAAAGGUCUGGGCAUGACAGUUCCUCAAGCAUCGGAAUAUGUCAAAUGGAGGGAUGAAGUAGUUGUACCUUGUGGAAAGCCGGUGCCAUCAAAAGUCAAAGGGUCGGGGCUUUUAUACAAUGAAUAUAUUGUCUAUGAUACUGCCCAGGUAAAGCUUCAGUUCCUAGUGAAGGUGAGGUUUCAGUACAAGAGGGGAAAACGGUGAAUUUGUUCAUAUUUGUAGGGCUUUCUGAAAUCCUACAUUUUUUUGGAUGUUCUGCCACUUAGUAACUCUACCUUUUUGGUAUAAAAGCCUGGUUGGUUGUAUGGUUCGCCUGAACCGGUCAAAUCUCAUUUUGGGGCUGAUUGGAGAUUUGAUUUCGUCAAAAUACUGUCUUAGUGGUGGCCUUUGUAAGAUAUGGAAUCUAACACUUAAUUUCAUCAAGAUGAAUUUCCAACGGAGUAUUCAUUACUCUCUACUUUCAUGCCACAUCAACAAUGUAUCUUUCUGUAAUGGACUGGUGUUUAUAGAGUAAGGAUGUGAAGAGAAAGCUGAAUAAUAAUCGAAAGAAUGCCAAAAUCACCCUUUGAAAAGCG